AUGCUGUGUCUUUCCUUCAUCCCACCAUCACUACAUCUAAACCAUCACUUCUGCGAUCCUAACACACGACUUCUACAAUCAAUCCGAUAUGCCAACAGCAGAGGACACCGGCCAGUCCGACAUAGACACACCACAUCUCACCUUCGACUCAACGGCCUCUACAUUCUCCUAUCAGACCGCGGCGAUAAAAGCUACACAUUCCACUGGCGCCUCUAUCUACACCAGAGUCCAACAUCAGGCUCCAUCUACCAUCUACUAAACGACAUCGAUCCAACCAUCUGGCGCUUCCCACAUCUACCCGACCAGACCGUCAUCUAUGAUUCAUCACUCCUCGGGGCCCUCAAGAUAGGAGUGUUAGACCCAAUCCUCCACGCGCAUUUUCUCGAACGUCUUCACCAAAUCCCACUCGUUGAUUCGGUCCGAUUCCGCGAGAGAAUCACUUGCCGGGUGUGGCUCAAGGAAGCUCUCUUUGCGCUGGAUGACGAGGGCUAUAUUAUGCUCACUCGGAAUGUGGAUGAUAUCGAAGCUGAGGCGAGGAACUUCGCGCUUCGGAAUAAGAGUUUGGGGAGGCGGUCGGUGUCGAGGAGUUGUGGGAGUCAGGCUUGA